AGAGAGAGAGAGAGAGAGAGAGAGAGAGAGAUGUUGGGAAAGAAAUCUUCGUGCUCAGAUUUCUUUUCCGCUCGUAUGAUCUCAUCAAUUUGUCUUUUAAUUCGCUUCCUUCUCCGGAUUAUUAUCAAAUCUCUCAUGGUCAAUCCCCCCAACCGUGUAAAUACAGAUCCUCUUAUAUAUACAGAAAAAAAUAAAUCCAUUUAUUCUUGUAUAGUUCGAUAAUAGCUGUCAUCUCAUAUCCUUUCCCUCUCUUCAAUAUUCCUCUCUUCGAUAACGCUCUCUCUCCAAUUCCCUCCCCUCUCUCUCUCUCUCUCUCUCUCUAAAACUCUUAUUUAUACCCUUCUAGAACCCCUCACAAUAUAACAUCACAGAAACAGAAAAACCCCCUCUCGUGUUCCUCUCCCUCUCUCUCUAAAAACAACCACCAUGCAAACGCUUUCCACAUUCGAAACCCACACAUGGUGCUCAGACCGACAGAUGGAGGAUUACAUCGGGACCGAGAGCUGCGUCGAUUUCCAACAACACACAGACGUAUCGGUGGUGGUCGACGGCGGAAGGAGCCGGGGGCAGUGUAGUGAUUCCGAUCGGCGGUUGGCGACGAGGAGGGAGAAAAAGGAGUACCCGCCGCCGAUAUCGUCGCCGUGGGUUUUGAAGAGGUAUUACACCAGCGACGGGAGAUUGAUCAUAAGGGAAGAGAAUGUGGGCCGCCACGAGUACUUUAAGGUUUGUAGGGCCAACGGCCGCCUCACGCUCCAACUGGUCCCUCGGGACGAGGAGAUCGUUGGGGAUGACGACGUGGAGGAGAGAGAAGACUAUUAUGAUGACGUUGGAUGUUGUUCCAAUUUGGAUGGAGAAGGUUGUGGUGAACCUGAUCCUGAUGGUGACGAUGAUGUGGAAUGUGAAGAUGAUAUUGUGGAUGGUUUUGAUGAAUCUGACGAUGGGGUUAGUGGAGAUCGGACGAUGGAGAGAGCGGUGUCGGUUGCGGUGAUAGGGGCGGUGAGGGUGGAGAAAGAGACGAUGGUGGCGGUUGGUGGAGGUUUAGGCGGCGGAGGGAAGUGCUACAAUAACUAUACGAGUGUGAUAUCGAGGCCGUGUUUGUUUGGGAUGCCUGUAGUACCAGCAAUCAGGACUGUGCAUAUUUAGCAGAUUAUUAUUACUACGAUUUGUUAUUGUGAAUUACUACUAUUUAAUUUCUUUUUCCAUUUGAAGAUUUUGAUAAUGGAAAAAGUGGGAUUUUUGUUGGGUGCAGUGCAUGUGUAGUGAUAAGAUUGUUUCAUUUGAAUUUUUGAGUUUAGGAUUUAGGGUUUCGGCUUUUUUUCAUACAGAGUUAUUGGA